CUUGUGCCUGGAAAUGACGAAAGACUUCCGUGUGUGAUCGCACAACCCUCGUUCCCUCAGAGCAACAUGGCGCCACUGUUGGCACCGCUGAAAUGUGGGUUCUACGUUCGAAGACGCAAACUAGCCCUGUUACUUCAACAGACAAGCUCAUAUCACGUUUGGAGUUACAAUGAAAAAAGAAGUGGCCUUCAUCGUAAACCACAGAACACCUAUCAGUUACUGGGUACAAACGCGAGAACGGCGUCAUGGAAUAUCAACAGAACCCAGAAUUCAAGACAAAUACUGGAAGCAGUUAAGCACUUGCAAAUCACAGACAAUCGGACAUGCUGGCAUGGUAAUGCAGGAGGGGGUCUGAAUGCCGAUCCCAAAAAUGUGCUGAAAGAGGUGAACUCAGCACAGAUCCUCUCUGCAAUGAUGUCGUACGUCUGGCCAAAGGAUCGACCGGACCUCCGAGCGAGAGUGGCCAUCUCUCUAGGGUUACUCGCCGGAGCCAAGAUGACGAAUGUCAUGGUGCCCUUCAUGUUUAAGUAUGCUGUGGACGGACUGAACCAGAUGUCGGGACACAUGUUGAACCUGAGCGACGCGCCAAACACGGUGACUACCAUGGCAACGGCUGUCUUGAUUGGCUACGGUGUGUCCCGUGCCGGUUCGGCGCUCUUCAACGAGCUGCGGAACGCUGUGUUCGGCAAGGUGGCGCAGAGCUCCAUCCGCCGCAUCGCCAAGAACGUCUUCCUGCACCUGCACAACCUGGACCUGGGCUUCCACCUGAGCCGCCAGACGGGGGCGCUGUCCAAGGCCAUCGACCGCGGCACGCGCGGCAUCAGCUUCGUGCUCAGUGCCAUCGUCUUCAACCUGGGGCCCACCACCUUCGAGAUGGCACUGGUCAGCGCCAUCCUGUAUUACACUUGCGGAGGCCAGUUUGCGCUGGUGACACUCGGCACGCUUUCGGCAUACUCAGCCUUCACCGUUGCCGUUACACAGUGGAGGACGCGCUUCAGGAUCGAGAUGAACAAAGCCGACAACGAGGCUGGUAACGCUGCCAUCGACUCACUGCUCAACUACGAGACAGUCAAGUACUUCAACAACGAGAAGUACGAGGCGGAGAGGUACGACAGUUACCUGAAGGUGUACGAGUCGUCCUCGCUCAAGACCACGUCCACCCUGGCCAUGCUCAACUUCGGACAGAGCGCCAUCUUCAGCAUGGGCCUCACCGCGGUCAUGCUGAUGGCCAGCCAGGGCAUCAUGGCAGGGACGAUGACUGUGGGAGAUCUGGUGAUGGUAAACGGCCUGCUCUUCCAGCUGUCUCUCCCCCUGAACUUCCUGGGCACGGUGUACAGGGAGACACGGCAGGCGCUCAUCGACAUGAAUACCCUCUUCACCCUGCUCAGUGUGGACACCAAGAUCAAGGAUAAAGAAUUGGCGUCCCCACUGCUGGUAGCCCCCCAGGAGGCCAGCAUCAGGUUUGAGGACGUCUACUUUGAGUACUUGGAGGGACAAAAGGUCCUCAACGGGGUGUCCUUCGAGGUGCCUGCUGGGAAGAAGGUGGCCAUUGUCGGAGGCAGUGGGUCAGGGAAGAGCACAAUAGUGAGGAUGCUGUUCCGCUUCUAUGAGCCACAGAAGGGGAACAUCUACAUCGCCGGGCAGAAUAUCCGAGACGUCGGCCUGGACAGCCUGAGGAAGGCAGUGGGGGUGGUGCCUCAGGACGCAGUUCUGUUCCACAACACGAUAUUCUACAAUUUGCAGUAUGGCAACCUCCAGGCCACCACCGAGGACGUGUACGCUGUCGCCAAACUCGCGGGCAUCCAUGAUGCCAUCCUCAGGAUGCCCAACGGCUACGCCACGCAGGUCGGAGAGAGGGGCCUCAAACUCUCAGGGGGAGAGAAGCAGAGAGUGGCCAUUGCUCGGGCAAUGCUGAAGAACCCGCCCAUUCUGUUAUACGAUGAAGCCACAUCUUCUCUGGACUCUAUCACAGAGGAGAACAUUCUCAGUUCCAUGAAGGGGAUGGUGAAGGACAGGACGUCUGUUUUCAUUGCACACCGACUGUCCACCAUUGUGGAUGCUGACGAGAUUAUCGUUCUCAAUGAGGGAAAGGUCGCCGAGCGAGGGACACACUCGUCCUUACUGGCCAUGCCGAGUGGCCUGUACGCCGACCUGUGGAACACUCAGAACAACCGCGCCCUGAACGCGGCCAGUGCGGACGCGUCCGGCAAGGGCAACACUGAGACGGAGCGCCUGUCCCAGAAGGAGGAGGAGCGCAAACAGCUCCAAGGCGAGAUCCUCAACAGCGUCAAGGGCUGUGGGAACUGCUCCUGCUGAGCCACCGGAGGGCGAAGGGCGAUGAGCGAGAGGUGGGGGGGCGCGCUGGCCUCCUCACGCACACACAUAACACCCCUCCCUCACCUGCGCUCCCAACAGGAGGAGCAGCAACAGGAGGCAGAGAUGGAGAAAGGAGAAGAAGAGGAGGAGGAGGUUGGAGGGCUGGUGGGUUGGUUAGUUGACCAGUAAAGGGGGAGAAAAGGCAGGACCACUUUGUGUCCCCCACCCCCUUUACCCCUCCCCAUCAUCAUCUGAACUCUUCAGGGCUCCACUGGGGCUGCCUGUCUGCACACAUGCCCACGGAUCCCAUGAUAGUGACACGAGGCAAGAGAGAAGGAUCGGGACGCAGUCUUUAAACGGAUUGUGUGUUGGUGCUCCCAGGGAGUGUGUUGGUACAUGUGUUGAUUUGUGCGUCUGUGUGUGUGAGUGAGAGAGACUGUGUGUGUGUGUCUGUGUGUGAGUGAGAGAGACUGUGUGUGUGUGUGUGUGUGUGUGUGUGUGUGUGUGUGUGUGUGUGUGUGUGUGUGUGUGUGUGUGUGUGUGUGUCUCCCCAGGAGGACAUGUAGUGCGUGGGCUGACACAGUGUGUGUCUCUCCAGCUCUCCUUCUCCUCUCUCCCUCUGUGAAGAAGAAGAUAUGGUGUCCACUGUCACCAAUGGGCUUUCACAAGACAUGAAAACAGAAAAAAGCCUAUGUGUUAAUAACAUAUUAUCUAGGUAAUUUUUAAAUUAUUUUCUAUGUAAUUCGGGACUCCAGCAAGCUUAUUUUUAUCAAGGAUGUGUACAUAUUAAUAUAACAACAUGUAGACGGCCAUUGACGUAUAAGCACAUUGUCUGUGUGUUUGUGGUCUGCUUUUUUUUAUAUGGAAUGUAUUCGGUAUCUUUUUCAGGAUAGAUUUGACAACUUGCUCUGGAACCACUGGCAUCUCAUCAGGAAACUUGACACAACACAAAUCGAGAUUAUUGAGGGUUUUUUUUUUGCACUGAAACAAACAUGGUAACAAGUCAAUCUUGAGCAUGCUCAGUAGGAAGACAGUAGAUAAAGAGAUUUUGAAAUGGUAAUGGAGUAUAUAUCGCUUGGAUAAUUAUGUGUUCAAGGAUAUUGGACCAGCAAAGAAUUUAAAGUAAAUUAAAAGCUAAACAUUAAAAAGCUUAACAUUUAAAAGCGUGUAGAAUUUUGAAUGUUGUGGGCUUCUUCGCCACAUUGAUUUUGCCAAAAAGUGUGCCUGUUGAAAGCAGGAAUAGGUUUGUAGAUCACCAGGCCUGUAUUUGUUCAGGUUUGAGAUGAAGGCUUUGGGACAUCAUUGUGGUCAUGACUGCGUCGUGUCCAAUCUUUUUGUUCUGUGAGUUAAUCAGGUAUUACACCCCUGUGUCAUAUAUACACACACAUGUGAAUGGACUGGAAAAAGAAGGUAUUGGCACAAAACUGGAGGAAAAAUUACAAAUAAAGUAAAGAUCAAAUCUG